GGAAUACAGUCAACGAUGUUUUGAUGUGUUACAGUUGUGUUUAUAGUGUUAUUGUCAUGGUUGUGUGAAUCUUCGUCCGAUUGUUAUCUAACGUGCGAACUCUAAACGAGAGCAAAAACAACGAAAUGAAAAUGUUUUUGGUCGAUUAGAAUUAUAAUCACAGCUGAAUAUGUUCAGAACACAUGGUUGAAUGUUUCAAGCCGAUAACAUUGUACUAAUUAAAAAACCGUGCUUUGAAAAGGAGGUGAAAAAAAACAAAAAAAAGUCACGCAAACCAGAAAAAAAAGAAAAAUUAAUCGGUGUUUAUAUUUCAAACCAAUUUAAUGUGAGCCGGCCAUAUUUUUUCGCGAACCGAAAUUAAAAGUCAAAUCUAAUUUUCGGAAACGACAACGACAACAACAACAAAGCGACUCAAAUUAUCGUCAACAAGUCAAAAAUGCGAGCAAAGAUAAUUUUUGUGGUGCUUGCGUGUACGUUGUGCAUCGCAUCGGCCGAACUACAAGGACCACCAAGUGACAGUGGAGAUCUAAAAAAUAGUUUUAAGGAUAGAAAAUCGAAUUUGAUAGAUGAUGAAGACGGUAACAGUGAUAGUAAUCUUAACAAAAAUGGUGAACACGAUGACGACAAGACGUCAAUCGAUGCAAGCGAUGAGGAAAAUACGAUCGCAUCAUUGUUGGCGGAAGAAUUUUCGUAUCAGGGAUCGGCGAUAAAAAUUAUCAAAGCGCCGGACUUUACGCAAGAAAAGGAAGCGCGAAAAGUGACCGAAAUGCUAUCGACUCUGGUCAAUAGCCAUGCGAAUUUGAUCAAAAAGCUCGAAGAUGAAAUCGAAGAAAUGGACGGUUCGAUUGCUUCGCUGGGCGAACAACCGGAAGAGGUGCAAACACAGGAAGAAAUCGAAUUGGAAAUGUUGUACGAAUCAGCGAUGAAAAUUCUCAAUCGAACGCGCUCCGAUAAGGCGGAGGGCAUUGCAUUGCUAAAGCAGGCAGCGGACAAAGGUCAUCCGAAAGCACAAGCAAAAAUAGCAUGGGCACAACUCAUGGGCAGUCACGUUGAAAUGGAUUUUGCUGCAGCCAGAGAAACAUUCCUGAAAUUAGCUGACACUGGCUUACCGGAUGCCCAUAUGGGUUUGGGUUUCAUGUAUGCAGCAGGAAUCGGUUUUAAUGUGAGUCAGGCAAAAGCGUUGCUACACUAUACGAUAGCUGCGUUGGGCGAUAACACAUGGGCACAAAUGGCUUUAGGUUAUCGGUAUUGGUCCGGUAUAUCGUUAGCCAAUAGCUGUGAAAAAGCAUUGGAAUUCUAUCGCAAGGUUGCAACCAAAGUAGCAUCACAAAUUACAUUCUCGGGCGGAGCGGCAGUGCAUCGGGUGCGUUUGUUAGACGAGGUUGAAACAUCCGGAUUGAGUUCGGCCAUUUUCGACAAUGAUCUGCUCGAAUACUAUCAGCUGUUGGCGGGCAAGGGAGAUGUUCAAGCUCAAGUUGGCUUGGGCCAGUUGCAUUAUCAAGGCGGACGAGGUAUUGCGUUGGAUCAUCAAAAAGCAUUACAAUAUUUUACGCAGGCAGCCAAUGCUGGAAACGCGGUUGCCAUGGCGUUUUUGGGUAAAAUUUACUUGGAGGGAAGCGAGAAUAUUAAGGCUGACAAUGAAACCGCUUUGAAGUACUUCAAAAAAGCAGCCGAUCUCGGCAAUCCCGUUGGACAAAGCGGUUUGGGCAUCAUGUACUUGCAAGGCAAAGGCGUGCCAAAGGACACGGCCAAAGCAUUGAGCUACUUUACCAAAGCAGCCGAUCAGGGAUGGGUUGAUGGCCAACUUCAACUUGGAAAUAUGUACUUCAGUGGAAUUGGUGUUAAACGAGAUUUUAUGCUCGCAAACAAAUAUUUCAAUUUGGCAUCACAAUCUGGUCAUGUAUUGGCUUAUUACAAUUUGGGUCAAAUGCAUGCUGUCGGCUUGGGAAUGAUGAGAUCCUGUCCAACUGCUGUUGAACUCUUCAAAAGUGUUGCUGAACGUGGAAAAUGGAGUGAAAUAUUAAUGUUUGCUCAUCAAGACUACAAAGCCUAUCGAUUCAAUCAGGCAUUCAUGAAAUAUGCAUUGGCUUCGGAACUUGGCUAUGAAGUGGCCCAAAGCAAUGCCGCUUUCUUAUUGGAUCGCAACGAGGUGACACUUUUCAAGUCACGACAUGAGGAUUUGGUUCGAGCCUUACAAUACUGGAGUCGAUCAGCAGCUCAAGGAUAUUCAACGGCACAAGUUAAAUUGGGUGACUAUCAUUAUUACGGGUUGGGAACGGAUGUCGAUUACGAUACAGCUGCUUCGCAUUAUAGAAUGGCAUCGGAGCAACAACAUAAUGCACAGGCCAUGUUCAAUUUGGCCUACAUGCAUGAACAAGGAUUAGGAAUGAAGAAGGAUUGGCAUUUGGCAAAACGGUUCUAUGAUUUGGCUUCAGAAACAAGUGUUGAUGCUAAAGUACCUGUUGCACUGGCCAUACUCAAGCUAUCGCUCAUGUUUAAAGUUGAAUCAAUGAAAGACAGCCCGCUAAACUUUUUAUUCGAACUGGACAAAAAUAUUGCUUCGAAUUGGGAUCUAUACCUAAUCACAUUUCUAACAAUACUAUUGGGCACGAUUUUCUAUUUUCGACGACCACCACAAAACAUUGAACGUGAUAGUCCGCCUAGAAGCCUAGAAACAUCGUCAUCUCAUGCGUCACAAUCGGCGACGACACAAUCACCCGCUACAGCCACAAAUACAGAAGCAGUGAAUAGUGACCAAUAAUUUUAUGAAAACAAAGUGAAAAAUAAAAUUUUAGUAUUUAUGUAUUAUUUAAAA